AUUCAUUUUUACCUAUAUAAAAUGCAACUUCUUGUGUAUACAUCAGCUGUUGUCGGGAGAACAACUAGACGAUAAACACACGAACAACAACAAAUAACAACGCGAGAAAGAGUUUCAAAUUGCCAUGAGAGCCGCUCUGUGCGCGCGUGGGCUCGAGUGCGUCGACAUGGACCAGAGACCGGGUGAAAUCGUACUACUGACCGGUGCCAGUGGUUUCCUGGGCCGCCACGUACUGAAACACCUCCUGGAGCAGGAGGGCGUCGCCGAAGUGAGAGCACUGGACAAGGCGGAGAUCGAGGACUGCGAGGAGACGGAAAAACUGAGGCUCUACCGGUGCGACCUGUUGGACGCGGAGGCCUGCCGCGAGGCAUUUCGCGGCGCGGACGUGGUGAUGCACUGCGCCGGGCUCGUGGAUUACCGGUAUCCCCCGGACGUCGACAGCCUCCGGAGAAACAACGUAGACGCGAGCGAAAACGUGGUGAGGCUGUGCGUCCAGGAGAGGGCGAGGCUUCUGGUGCACUGCAGCACGACCGAAGUGACGCUCCAGCCGGCAUCUAGAUUCGGCGUGACCGCGUCUGUGAUCUACAAAACGGAGUCGAAGCUGGAAGCUCCGGAGGACGGUGCGAGAUUGAUGUUCGGGGAGUACGCGGCGUCGAAGCUCAGGGCGGAGAGGAUCGUUUUGAAAGCCAAUAACACGCCGCUCAGCGACGGUGGGGUACUGCUUACGACUGCCUUGAGGCCAACGCUGCUCUACGGGGAGGGCGACCCGCAUCUGCUUCCAGAGAUUCUGCGGUUCGCCAAACAUCGGGACCUGCCGAGGCUUUGCGGGCUGGCCGGCAAGCAACAGAUGACUUACGUAGGGAACGCGGCGUGGGCUUUUAUAAGGGCGCAUGACACUUUGAAAAAAAAUCCAAAGGCUAUCGCUGGUUUACCGGUCAACGUGACCGACGACACGCUCGUCGAGAAUUUGGCGCGUUUCUGCGAGAGAGUUACAAGAUCGGGUGGCAAUCGCGUGAAAGUGUCCAAUUUCUCGGUGCCCUUUGCGCUUUCCUACUUGGGUGCGCUUGUGUUCGAGCUCUUGAUUCGGCGUGGCUUCGUCUCAAAGUUGAAGAUACCGCCACGGAGUAUGGUUGCUUAUUUAGGCUCCAGUCUUCUUUACAGCCGAGCUCGAGCUUCCAUCCAUAUGAAUUAUUGGCCAAAGUAUAACACUGAAGAGACGCUCACUAUCGCACGCAAAUAUUACGGAGUGUUUAUGAAACUCUGAAAUACACUCACCAUCAAAAUAUUACGAAGCUGCGACAGCGACGAAUGGACCUCUUCGUGUAGCACCCA